AUGUUUAUGCAGCAGCUGAAAGGAUCCCUAGCCUUGUGGACGUUCAUUUUUAUACCGACAGUUGCUGGGCUUGACAACGAUGGAAGAUCGGUCUGGGGGAAAGAGUCCAGUUCAAGUUUUGUGAAUGAAACCCAGAUGUUUCUGCAGGACACAUUCCCCAAAAAGUUCUUCUGGGGUGUGGGGACCAGCGCUUUUCAGGUGGAGGGUGCCCAAAGGAAAGAUGGAAGGGGACCGUCGAUAUGGGAAGAGUUCACCCGUUCAGAGCUGAGAGCUGGUUCCAGGACAGAUGACUCCAGUGACAGCUACAUUUUUUGGCAGAAAGAUUUAGCAGCUCUGGAAUUUUUGGGAGUUUCUUCUUACCACUUUUCAAUUUCAUGGCCACGGCUCUUCCCCACCGGGACGGUGACAGCUGUCAAUGAAAAGGGACUUCAAUACUACAACAGUCUCCUAGAUGCUCUGGUUCAGAGGCAUAUUGAGCCUGUGGUCACCCUUUACCACUGGGAUUUGCCCUGGAUUCUGUACGAGAGAUAUGGAGGGUGGAAAAACGAAUCCCUAAUCGGUGUUUUCGAUGACUACGCGACUUUUUGCUUCCAAGCUUUUGGCGAUCGAGUCAAGUACUGGAUUACGAUCCACAAUCCUUAUCUAGUUGCUUGGCACGGGUAUGGCACAGGGAUCCAUGCACCCGGAGAGAAGGAAGAAAGCGCUGUCCCUCUGGUAGGACAUAAUCUGAUCAAGGUACAGUACAGAGAGAUUUCACUGUCACAGAUUUAA